AUGUCAUUUGAUAAAUUACCAAAUGAAAUUUAUUAUCAAAUCUUAUCAUACUUAGAUGGAUUUGAUCUUAUUCGAUCAUUUUCUAUAUUUCAUUUACCAUUAUUAAAUACAUGUCAUUUGAUUCAUCCUGGUUUCUAUUAUAGAAUUAAUGCUCAAAUUUUACCUACAGAUGUCAAGUCAAAUAUUGAAAUAUUAAUAAUUCCAUUAAUUGAUACGAGUGAUCUUAUUCAUCUUGUCACAUAUUUACAACAGUUGAAAAAACUUGAUGUUGUACUGGCAAAAAAUCAUCAUGAAUCAAGUUUAUCCUUAUCGAAAUCACUAUCAACUCUAGAACAAUUAAAAAUUGAAGUUGAUUGGCCAUAUUCAAAUGAAGAUUUACUAAUUGAAUUUCUUAAAAAAUGUUCAUCUAUUCAAAAAUUAUCAUUUAAAAGUUACCGAGGACUUUAUAAUUAUAAUUUAUUAGAUGAUCAAAUAUGGCAAAAAUUGUUUCAAUUAUCAAUGCCAAAAUUACAAAAUGUUGAAUUAGAUAUUAUUGGUUUUGUUAGUAAUAGUUUUGUUAUUUCAAAUACCAGUUUUCAAAGUGCUUAUUUUCGUCAAUGGAAUAUUGUUGUAGAUUAUGAUAUGCCACGUAAAAUAUAUGAAAAAGGUAUUCAUAUUUAUACAUUACCAUUUAAUUCAAAAUCAUUAUUUCAUUCAAAUUUAUAUGGUUUAAAAACAAUGUCAUUGAUGACGGUGCUGGAAACAAAUUUUGAUAGUGUACGUCAAUUAUCGAUCGUAAUUCAUUGUGAAAAAUAUCAAGCACAAAUACCUACAAGUGUUUUAGAAAAGAAAAUUAUUGAAAAUCGAAAUGAACUUGAAUAUUGGCUUUCUUCAUUAUCAUCUCCUAGAAUAAAUAAAUUUAAAUUUGCCAACGAUAAACUUUAUAUUCAAAUUCAAAAUUAA